AAACCACUGACGUUACUAUGCAUAUAUAGAAACCCCACCACCACCAACCUAAUAUUUUUCUCUGUAAAAAAAGGAAAGAAGAAUAAGAAGAAGAACUUGAUAUCCAUUGUUGUGUUCUUCUUCUUGUUCUUCCCUGAUACUGAAUUAUGGGUACUCAGGUUUCUAAACAAGUCGAACGACGAAAGGCUAUCAAAACGGAGAAGAAGGUUCUCGUUGAUCUUCAUCAGAACACCAGCGAAGAAUAUCCCGGGAGUGAUUACCGGCCGUCGGAUCGGAAAAACUGGAUGGGAGAACUAAACCCAGAAAAGCUUCACAUCAACAAGAUCGUUUGGCCAGGAACUCAUGACUCCGCCACCAAUAAGAUCGGAAUCCCACUCAUCUCUCGACCCUUUGCUCAAUGCCAAUCCUUGUCCAUAUACCAACAACUCAUUUUAGGUACCCGAGUGCUUGAUAUCCGAGUCCAAGAAGAUCGCCGAGUCUGCCAUGGUAUUCUCGCCACGUACAGCAUCGACGUCGUUAUCAACGACGUCAAGAAAUUCUUGUCGGAGACCCAAUCGGAGAUCAUCAUUCUCGAGAUCCGGACCGAGUUCGGCCACGAAGACCCGCCGGAGUUCGAGAAGUACGUAGAGGAACAACUGGGUGAGUAUCUAAUCCACCAAGACGAACACGUCUUCGGAAAGACUGUAGCCGAACUUUUGCCGAAACGAGUCAUCUGCGUUUGGAAGCCGAGAAAAUCACCCCAACCCAAAGCGGGUAGCCCAUUUUGGAACUCGGGUCAUUUGAAGGACAACUGGAUUGACACCGAUUUGCCGUCGACCAAGUUCGAGAGCAACAUGAAGCAUUUGAGCGAGCAACCUCCGGUAACCUCAAGAAAAUUCUUCUACAGAGUUGAGAACACUGUCACUCCCAAAGCGGACAACCCGGUUCUGUGCGUUAAACCGGUAACGCGUCGGAUCCAUGGGUACGCGAGGCUGUUCAUAGCCCAGUGCUUUGCCAAAGGUUGUGCUGAUAAGUUGCAGAUUUUCUCAACGGACUUUAUCGAAGAGGAUUUUGUUGAUUCGUGCGUUGGGGUCACCCAUGCAAGGGUCGAAGGCAAAGUCUAAGGAUAACAACUCAAAUUCCCACUCUUCUCUAUAAACUGUCGUUUAAUGUUCAUUUGUUAAUAAUCUUGGGGGCAUCGACUGUCGUUUUAUCUGUAUGUACGUACGUUUAUUUGUUUAUAGUUAUACCACGGGUCUGGGGUACGUUUAAUUUGUUCGUUGCUGUGUAAAUUAUUGGGAUACAUUUGGUUUGAAACGACAUAAUACUGUAUUUACUUUGGCUCUUGUUAAGGUUUGUAAAUGUUUUUGGAAUUGGAAGAGUUAUUAAUAGAAAUUUAAAGGUGUGUGGAAUCAAAGAA